AUGAAGGUUCUGAAGACAGCAUCACAAUCAACUGAGUUUAUAGAGAAGCUGUACAGUAUGCUGGAGGACCUGCAAAAUCAAACCUACAUCCAGUGGACGUCCCAGGGAACAAGCUUUCUCAUAAUAAACCCAACUGACUUUGGAAAGUGCAUGCUAAACAAGCACUUUAAACACGGAAAUUUAAGCUCCUUUGUGAGGCAGCUAAAUAAAUACGAUUUCCAUAAGAUAAAGAGUCAAGAGUCCAUUCUAAAGCAGUUUGGGCUGCAGGUCUGGGAAUUCAAGCACAACUAUUUCCAAAGAGGCAGGGAGGACAUUCUAAAGCACAUUGUGAGGAAAAAAAGCAAUGCAGACAAAAGAUUUAAAACCUCCAGGGAAAUGAGCUCUGACAAUUUAGAGGCAUCGAACAGGAUUCAGUCGCAGAUCAUUGGCACCUUAAAGAUGCUUACAGUGCACUUCCAGGUUUUAGUAGAAGAAGUUAACGACCUUAAAAGGAAUCUGAACAAAAAAGAGGUUCUCUUUAAGGAAAACGUGAACGUAUUAAUUGCAGAGGAUAAUCUUACAUGCAGUUCCUACGCAGGCGCAAUUUUACGUAAAAUUGGGUGCACCCCUGACAUCAUUGAGCAAGAGAAGGAGAUUCUUGUGAAGUUAUCAGAGACAAAGUAUGACAUUAUCUUUUUAAGCUUGCAGUUGCCAAGUAUUCAGAAGAUUCUCUCUGCAUUUAGGCAAUAUGACGAAGUUACGCCUGUGAUUUUGAUAGUUGAUGGACUGGCGCAGGAAGAGUACAUUUCUGUAUUGGGGGCAGGUGCAAGUGAUGUGCUUAUGAAGCCGUACCACCAAAAUGCCAUGGUUCAAAUUAUGAUGAAAUAUUGCUACAACCCAAGAACAAAUCAGUCCAUGCAUCAGAAGAAUGUUUCGAAUAAUCUUUCCAUUUGGUAG